AACACUAGUGUCGUCAGUACCAGUGCCAGCGCCAGCGCCGAGCCAGACGAAGCAAGCGCACCGAGUGCAGACUCUGCCUCAGACUCCUCCGACACCGAAGACAUUGACCGAGGAACAGCCAUUAUAACCGUCUACAACCUGCUGAGUAACCUCGGUGACCUCAACCACAGCAACCGCCAGGCGGCCGAAGACCUCAUGCAGCACUUCAACUCACUACAGAUCCAAGUGAACCGCGCCAAUGGCUCCGGCUCUUCUUUUUCUUCUUUGGCUGCAGCAGAGUCCUCUGGUCGGUCAGAAUCGGCGUUCCACACGCCAUUGGGGGAGUAUACGAGCGCAUGGAGGCGCGGUGCAGACUGACUUGGAUGUUGGCGCGUUGAGUGAGCGAGCCGGCCGCCUGGCAGAGGAGAAUCAAGUGUUGAGGGCCGAUGUUGCGCUGCUGAUGCAGUCGUUGAAGGAGCAGCAGGGGAUGGCGCGCGAUUACGAGUCGGCGCUGGCGAAGGCGCUGGGGGCGCUGAGGGCGGCGGCGUUUGAGAGUCACGUGGAGGUCGGCAGUGUGCAGGAAAAGUACCGGGUGCUGCUGCAGUCGGAGGGUGUGCUGAAUGCGCGCUUGGCUGAGGAGAACGCCGGCCUGAGGGGCGCACUGAGCGGCGCUGCCGCUGCCAUAAGAGCGGCAAUGGAUGCUGCGGACCACCCGGACAACAGCAGUGCCGUCCUGUAGGUGUCCCCCUGCCAGCCAGCCUUUUGUAAUUGUUUUCGUUUUUUAUCUCCCGUUGCGUCUCCUUGUUUUCGUUUUUCACUUCUUUAAC